UCUCUCCCGUUUCUUCGGCUUUUGUCCUCUCCAAAAAAAAAGGCAUCUUCCUCGAUUCUGACUCGCCUAGACGGCCUGUCUCCGGCAACAUCUCAGCUUUCUCGAUUGCACCUUUCCGUACAUUUCUUUAUAGUUACGCAAUCCUGCUGAGAUCCGAGCCCCCGAAUCCUCCUGUCGACCUGCUGCCCGUCCGCCCCCGUAUCGCCCGCAACCUCGUUUCUCGUGUCGACGUGCGACCUCCGAUAUAUAAAUUCCUGCAAUUGAAAAUCUAAAAGAAAAAUAAAUAAAAAAGAAGGAAGGACGCCCAGUAUUUAUUUUGAAGCAUUUUGCAAGCCGCGGUUAUGAAAUUGUUCUGAACCAGUCUGGGAUACAGCGGACUUUCGAUGUCUUCCAAUCACCAUGCGGUUAGAAGGUACUUUGGUCUGGGGCUGAUCAAGUUGCUUCUACCACUUCUCGCCAGGCUUCCGAUCGUCACAGGAUUACCGAUAUUCUCUCCAGCUCUAGCGACGCAGGAAGAUGGCGAACCCGUGAAUCAACCAAGUUUCUGGCUGUACUUGGGGGUUGCAACGGCUCUGGUCGUUGCCGGUGGCGCUUUCGCAGGCCUGACCAUCGCCCUCAUGGGCCAGGAUGAGAUUUAUUUACAGGUGAUCAAGACCUCCGGCGAAGGCGCCGAGAAGAGGCAUGCCGAGAAGGUCCUGAAUCUGCUGAAGAAAGGAAAACACUGGGUCCUGGUUACGCUUCUGCUGAGCAAUGUCAUCACAAACGAAACACUUCCAAUUGUCCUUGACCGCUCACUUGGUGGCGGGUGGCCGGCAGUAUUAGGAAGUACUGCUCUCAUCGUCGUCUUUGGAGAAGUUGUCCCACAAUCCAUCUGUGUUCGCUAUGGACUCCCUAUCGGCGCUUGGAUGGCACCUUGUGUCCUUAUCCUCAUGUACAUCAUGUCUCCGGUCGCAUGGCCCAUCGCGAAACUCCUCGACAAGCUCCUCGGCGUUGACCAUCGGACCCUUUACAAGAAAGCCGGACUGAAAACCCUCGUUACCUUGCACAAAACACUUGGCAGUGCUGGAGAACAAUUGAAUUCCGACGAAGUGACCAUCAUCAGCGCCGUGUUGGACCUGAAAGAAAAGCCCGUCGGCAGUAUCAUGAUCCCCAUGGAAGACGUGUUUACAAUGUCUACCGAAACCGUUUUGGAUGAGAAGAUGAUGGACCUCAUUCUUUCGCAAGGGUAUUCGCGAAUACCGAUACACUCCCCAGACAACCCACAGAACUUUGUUGGCAUGCUCCUGGUGAAGAUGCUUAUCACAUACGACCCUGAAGAUUGCAAGCAAGUCCGAGACUUUGCCCUAGCUACACUUCCAGAAACCCGAGCAGAGACUAGCUGUUUAGACAUUGUCAAUUUUUUUCAAGAAGGAAAAUCUCACAUGGUGUUGGUGUCAGAGUUUCCAGGUGAAGAUCAUGGAGCGUUAGGUGUUGUGACUUUAGAAGAUGUUAUUGAAGAACUUAUUGGAGAGGAGAUCAUCGACGAGUCCGAUGUUUUUAUCGACGUCCACAAAGCCAUCCGUCGAAUGGCCCCGGCUCCCAAAGCUCGCGUCCCCAAAGGUCAGAUCGUCACAGACCCACCAGACAAUCUCGGUGCAUUGCAAAACGGAGACAGCGAAGCAGCCUCUACCGGCCACAAGGGGCCCGACGCCAGCUCAUCAGGGACUGGCGACUUACAGGCUUCUCGGCGAAAAGGUUCCAUUGGCGACAUUGGAUCUCCACCCCCGCCGAUAUUCAAACUGAGAAAAUCAAGCACACACGAUGCUGUCGAAGGUCCAGAUGCCGCCAUUAUACAACGUGGUGCCACUCCAGAAAUCCGCGAACACCUUAAACACUUGGGCCCUUCGAACCUUGCCAGCAGACCUCGUCAGACACGCUAUAACAAUGUGAAAAUCAAACCUGGCAGUUCCUCUCCCUUGGUGUCCGCCGUGGAUUCACGGCUGCAAUCACCGGACCCUCAGCGCAGAAUGUCAGAAGUUACAAGCUUCAGUGGAAACACCGGACCUGGUGGUGGAGUCAAAUCGGCCGGGAAAUCCGCCAGUGACGCUGUUCUGGCCCUGAGAAGAUACGGAAGUACCACCGAGGCUCCCAGUCGACGUUCGAUCACCAGAGACACCGUGCCUACUAUGAACCGUGACAUCAUCAACGUCCGAAGUGACCUGUUGCAGCCGGCGCCGCAUCGGCCAAGCUACCGACAAGGCUGCCUGUCUCCCAGCGAGGCUCCAACCCUCUCCGCAGGUGGUACUACUAAUUCGAGUCCGCUAAGCCCGCCGUAUCUCGCACAUGGCCCUGCAAGAAGCGGGAGCAUCACCGAACAGGUCGUUGACAGCAACGGUAUUCGAAAGGUCAUACUGCAAACGUCGGACACUCACCCUGCAUCUGGCGAAGAAGGGCAAGGGCACAGUCGUCAACCUUCUGCAACGCAAACGAAGCCUGUACCUCCUCAUGCUGCUGUCGAGCACAAUAGCGAUGACGAAGACGGUCAAAACGAAGCUGAUAUUUCUCAGAGUUCCACGAAACAAGACAAGACGAAGAAGAAGAGAAGAAGAAAGAAAAGGAAGCCAGCGAGCUCCAAAUCAGGUGAUGGAGCGGUGGAUGAAAGACAACCCUUGCUGGGGUGAUUGACAUUUUGACAGGCGUAUAAAUUUUUUGUGGUGGUCUCUACGGUUUGAGAUUUCCGGGAUAGAAAGGGAUUUGAUGGGUGUUUUUUGUACUCUAUAUGGAGGGUAUUGGAUUUGGAUUCGGGAGUAUGAUUUGACUAUCGAUGGGUUUGCUUUUUCUUUUUUUCUGUUCUGCAAGCGACAAGUGACAGGAUUUUUUUGGGCCUGUUCUGUUGAUGUAUUUCUAGCAGGCCUUUUUUUUCCUUCGAUUUUGAUUUCUAUGUCUUACUACUCCGUGCAUGUAUUUGCCAAAACGAUGA